AUGGCGGACAAAUCAGGGGAGGUUCGGGUCAAAAAGAGAAAACUGCUGCAGCGCCGUGUCCAGCAGCAGCAGCAUCAGGAACAGAAGCAUCACUUUGAAAGCAGCUUUCACCUGAGCUCCAAGUCCUCUGUUAGCAAGCACUCGUUCACAUCUCACACUUCCAACCAGACAAGCCACACCAGCCUGAGCCAGCAGUGCCUGAAGAGCUGCUUGGAGACCGAGGGGGAGGAGGUGGUGAGACUCAGCUUGUUAUCCAAAAGAGCCCAGCGCACCUUUCUGGCAAUGGAUACAGACAAGGAGGUCAUCGGCUACGUGGUACCCCUAUUCAGAGCCAAUCAUGAGGUGGUCCGUGGUCUGGUGGAGGGUCAGGAGGACGGCCCGGCGGAGGAGGGCAUCCAGUACGUGGCCAUGAGGAACCUGUUCACGCGGGAAGCUCACCAGGCAAUGGUCAAAGUGGAGAAGAAGAGCCACACCAAACACGUCCGGGAGUCUGCAGAACGGGUCGAGUUUGGAAAGACGCUGGAGGAGUGGUCUGAGUUUCGUAAGAAGAUGAACCCUGACAGCCUGACACAUGCCCCUGAGUUCAUAGUGAAGCUUCGUGGACAGACCGUGUGGGAGGGAAACACCGUCAAACUGCACUGCACUGUGGCUGGAUGGCCCAAGCCCAAAAUUGCCUGGUAUAAAAAUAACGUCCUGAUUGAUGCUAAGGCCCACCCUGAGAAGUACUGUGCUGAGAACAACUACAACAUGCACUCCCUGCAGAUCAAGAACUGUGACUUUGCUGACACGGCUCAGUACCACGCCUCUGCUCUGAACGUGAAGGGAGAAGCUUCCUGCGUGGCCACGAUUGUUGUCAAACGGUUCCAUGACAGUGACGAAGCAGGUCCACUUGAUCCCAAACCACAUGGUUUCAGCGCUGAGCACGGCGUCACCUUUUACACCACGAUUAUCGAUAAGUUUGAAGUAGCUUUUGGUCGUGAGGGCGAGACCCUGAGUCUGGGCUGCUCUGUCAUCAUCUUCCCUACAGUGAAGAACUACCAGCCUGACGUCAUCUGGUAUAGAGACUCGGUGCCACUGAAGCCCUCUAAAUGGGUGCACACUCACUGGUCUGGGGAGAGAGCCACUCUGACUCUGGUGCAUCUGAACAAAGAGGACGAGGGCAUGUACACUCUGCGCAUCAACACCAAGUCUGGAUUCGACUCCUACUCCGCCUACGUGUUUGUCAGAGAUGCUGAGACAGAUGUUGAAGGCGUCCCCGUAGCUCCUCUGGACGUCCGCUGUCAGGAUGUGAAUAAGGAUUAUGUGGUGGUGACCUGGAAACAGCCGGCAGUAGAGGGCAGCAGUUCCAUCCUCGGAUACUUCAUUGACAGGUGUGAGUCAGGCUCUCAUCACUGGGUGCAGUGUAACGACAUCCCUGUGAAAUACGCUCGCUACCCCGUCACUGGACUGGCAGAGGGCAGAUCUUACCAGUUCAGGGUGCGGGCGCUGAACAAGGCCGGAGUGAGCCAUCCCUCCAGAGUCUCCGAAACUGUGGUGGCCAUGGACCCUUCCGACAGAGCACGACUCCGAGCUGGACCGUUGGCUCCUUGGACUGGAAUGAUUAAAUUUACAGAGGAGGACUCCACUGCUGGUGUGGUGCCUGGUGAACCCACUGAUGUUGUCGUCACUGAGGCGACCAAAAGUUACGUGGUUCUGGCCUGGAAGCCCCCGGCACAGAGAGGCCACGAGGGCGUCAUGUACUACAUCGAGAAGUGCAUUGUGGGCACGGACACCUGGCAGCGGGUGAACACUGGGAUGCCUGUGAGGUCUCCGCGCUUCGCUCUGUUUGAUCUCGCUGAAGGAAACUCCUACAACUUCAGAGUGCGCUGCUGUAACUCUGCGGGCACCAGCGAGCCCUCCCAGCCCACCGCCGACACCACUGUGGGGGACAAGAUGGACCUGCCCUCAGCUCCAGGGGUCCCGGUGGCCAUUCGGAACACCAGCACCUCUGUGGUCCUGUCCUGGGCCAGCUCCAAAGACGUGAAGCAUCUGGCCGGAUACUACAUCGAGUGCAGCGUGGUGGGAACAGAAGAGUGGAUACCAUGCAACAACAAACCGGUCAAACAAACCAGGUUUGUGUGCCAUGGACUUACCGCUGGGUCUAACUACGUGUUCAGGGCAAAGGCAGUAAAUGCUGCUGGUUACAGCCAGUGCACGGCUCAGUCUGACGCUGUGGUGGUCCUGGACGCUGUUGCGGUCCCUGGGAAGCCGACCAGUGUGCGUGUGGUGGAGGCCGUGAAAGACUACAUGGUCCUGGCCUGGGACCCUCCGGCUCACAAUGGAGGAGCUGACAUCAGGGGCUUCUUCAUCGACUACAGAACGGUCAGAGGAAGUGUGGCUGGAAAGUGGCACGAGAUGAACCUGCAGGCUGUGACCACCAGCACCUAUAAAGCUGAGAAUUUGAAAGAGAACGUGGUUUACCAGUUCCAAGUGCGUGCGAUGAACAUGGCCGGAGUCAGUCGGCCGUCUCUGUCCAGUGCAGCUGUGGAGUGCAAGGAAUGGACCAUCACUGUCCCAGGAGUCCCUGUUGGCCUUCACGCGCUGGAGGUCCGUGACACGUCCUUGGUGGUGCUGUGGGACGCACCGCUGUUCGAUGGCCGCAGUCCUGUGAACGGCUACUACCUGGACCUGAAGGAGGCCUCAGCCGGAGCAAACGGCUGGAAGGCUGUUCACGAGAAGGCCAACAAGAAGAAGUAUUUGAAGGUCACGGGUUUGAAUUCGGGCACCUCCUAUGUUUUCCGUGUACGAGCUCAAAAUCUCACUGGAGUCGGCAGGCCCUCUGCUGACCUGGGUCCAAUCCUUGCUCAGACUCGUACCGGCACAAAGGAGAUUUACGUAGAUGUGGACGACAAUGGUGUUAUCUCCAUGAUCUUUGAAUGCUCCGAAAUGAACGAGGGCUCUGAGUUUGUUUGGUCCAAAAACUAUGCCGCGCUCACGGACACCUCCCGCCUCACAAUCAUCAGCGAAAACGGAAAAACUAGAGCCAUCUUCAACUCUCCCUCGCUGGACGAUCUGGGCACUUACUCUUGUGCGGUCACUAACACUGAAGGCAUCUCCUCCAGCUACACCCUGACAGAGGAGGGUCUGAAGCGUCUCCUGGAUUUGAGCCAUGAGCACAAGUUCCCCAUUAUUCCCUUCAAAAACGAGAUGUCGAUGGAGCUGCUGGAGAAGGGCCGUGUGCGUUUCUGGUGCCAGGUGGAGAAGUGCACUUCGGCCUGCGAAGUGGAAUAUGCUUUCAACGAUGCCAUCAUUACUCAGGGAAAGAAAUAUUCAAUGAAUUUCGACAAGUCUUCUGGGAUCAUUGAAAUGUACAUGGACUCUUUAGAGGUGACAGAUGAGGGAACGUUCACCUUCAAACUGGUCGAUGGCAAAGCUAAGGGCACAACCAGUCUGGUGAUGAUCGGUGAUGAGUUCAGGGAGCUUCAAAAGAAGUCCGAGUUCGAGAGGGCAGAAUGGGUCAGAAAACAAGGUCCUCACUUUGUGGAGUACCUUGGCUUCACUGUUACUUCUGAAUGCAAUGUGUUGUUGAAAUGCAAGAUUGGCAACAUUAAACCUGAGACUGAAAUCAUCUGGUCCAAGGACAGCAUUGAGAUUGCGGAGGAUGAUGAGGAGGCUGCGAAGAUCGAGAUGAAGGACGGCGACCUAACGUUUAACAUUGGAAAGUGGGUUAAUGUGCAAGAAAAGCUCAAAGAGAAAGAAAAGCCUCGCCAAAAGCCUGCCGCAGAGGGAGUCCCCAAAGGACCAAGACCCAAAAUUAGCAAGAAGGACGCUGGAGUUUACGAGGUGUUCUUGAAGGAUGAUAGAGGCAAAGACAAGAGCAUCUAUAACAUGACAGACGCAGGUUACCAAGCGGUCAUGAAUGAGUUGUUCAGAGUAAUUGCCAACUCCUCUACUGAAGUCCAAAUCACUAGCACUGAACAUGGACUGAUCCUUCAUUCUAACAUAACCUAUUACAAUGAGGAGCUGCGCGUAGGAUGGCUGCACAAAGACACUAAGAUUGCUGCUUCUGAGAGACUGAAGUCCGGAGUGACUGGGGAGCAGCUCUGGCUCCAGAUCAAUGAGCCGACUGAGAAAGACAAGGGCAAAUACACCAUGGACAUCUUUGACGGCAAAGACGGAGUCAAGAGAGUGUUCGAUCUGAGCGGCAAAGCCUGGGAAGAGGCAUUUGAGGAGUUCCAGAGGCUCAAAGCUGCAGCAAUCGCUGAGAGAAAUCGUGCUCGUGUGGUUGGAGGUCUGCCAGAUGUUGUUGCUAUUCAAGAGGGCAAGUCUUUGAACCUGACUGGAAAUGUGUGGGGCGAGCCGGCACCAGAGGUAAGCUGGACAAAGAACGAAAGAGAGCUGGUGUCUGACGACCGCUACAAACUCAAGUUUGAGCAUGGAAAGUUUGCCUCCAUCACCAUCGCCGCAGUGACUACAGCUGACUCCGGAAAAUAUGCUCUUGUGGUCAAGAACAAGUACGGCACAGAGGCAGGCGAGUUCACUGUCAGUGUAUACAACCCAGAUGAAGAGGAGAGCAAGAAAGACUAA